UGGCUUGCAGACUGUUUUUAACAAACUUUAUAGUAUGUUCAUAUGCGAUUUCGGACACAGCCUUUGUUGAGCUAAUGUGUAAUUCUUGUAAACAGUUAGAGGACAUGCAUUAUAAACAGUCUUUUCAUUUAAUUAUUUUCUCCCACAUUUGAAAGUUAUAGAAAUAUGGGCUACUUCCAGCCUUAAGAUAUAUUGUGAAUUUGAGAAUGUCAUUUAUUCACUCCAUAAGCUGGGGUUUUGUGUAUGUGUCGCUGCUUAAGUGGAGAUUUUCAGCUCUGGAGAAAAAUAACUGACUCAGAGAAAAUGGCGGGUAAACAUUUGAAUUUUGUAUCAAUUCAAACUGAACUGAAUUUAGCCGUUAUGUGCCAAGUAAUUGGGAGGGGCGGGGUUAGCUUUGGGGUUUUGUUCUGUCAUAAUUUCAUCGACCUUUUUCGAUCGUGUUAAUAUCAUUAAGGGUUAGUCGUGUCAUUUGGGUGAACAAGCUGACAUUUGUCGAAAUUUUUUUUAGCUAAGCGGUACUGUAGGGGGCGCUAGGGUGAUUUUUUUUCCUAUCGGACCGCCAAACCACUGAAGGAAUAAACACUGGAGCCCUCGAUGGAAGCGAUUAUGUUGAGCAUGGAAGUGCAGAUGGACGUGAGCUGCUGUAAAUCAGUAGGAACUGAUCUGUCCAUGCUGGAUAUUGAGGAUUUCAUUAGUCAAAUCUGUCAGCUGAAGAAAGAGGUGGCGUCGCUGGAGGCCAAGCUGACAGAAAGAGGAGAGAAACUCCAGCCAGAGCGUCAGGAUUUGCUGUGCGGCGUCAGAGCUCAGAGAUCCAGAGACACGCAGAACUCAGAGCUCAGCCUGACUUUACUCUGUUAUACUGACGCUCAGGAUCAUCAGAGCUCUGAGCCAAACGCUGGAGAACAGCUGACCACCCUGAAGAUGUGCUCCGUCAGACUGGAGGACUGCAGGAACCUGAUCCAGAGCACAGAAAAUACCACAGAAGAAGAGGAAGAUCAGAGAGAGGAGGAUGGUGAUAAUAACGAAAAUGCAAAAGAUGAUGAUGAAGAUGAGAAAAAUGAUGAUGAUGAUGAUGAUUUUAUUCCUGCAGAUGACAACAUUGCAUCGUCUGAUGAAGAAGCGCCUUUAACUUCAAAAGAUGAGCUGAAGGCCAAGAAGAGUUUCUCCUGCACCUCCUGUGGAAAAACAUUCGCCUGUCAAAGUUAUUUAUUGAUUCACGAAAAAAAACACUCAGAACCGGAAGUCUUCACCUGCUGGAAAUGUCGUAAGACUUUUCCUACAUUACAGGAGAAAAAACUUCAUGUACAAGAGCAUCUGGCAGAAAAGGAGUUUCACUGUGAACAGUGCGGGAAGGACUUUUUAUUUUCUUCUCACCUAAAAGCUCAUAUAAAGACACACAGCGGUGAACUGCGUGUCCAGUGCGGCGAAUGCAGCAAAUCAUUCAGCACCAAAGGCAACCUGGAGGUUCAUAAGAGAAUCCACACAGGUGAACGCCCGUAUAAAUGCCCUCACUGCAAGAAGAGUUUUAACUACAAAUCCUACAUGAAGAACCACAUCCGCAUUCACACCAAUGAGAGGCCGUACCAGUGCAGCGAGUGCGGAAAAACCUUCAAAACAACCAACUCUCUAAACUCACAUCUAAAAUUCCACUCUGAGGAAAAACCUCAUCAGUGCAAAUACUGCGACAAACGAUUCCGGCAGAAAUCAAAUCUGAAUGUCCAUGAGAGGACUCACACUGGAGAGAAACCGUACCUGUGUGCCGAAUGCGGGAUGAGUUUUAUUACCACGACACAUUUAAUUGCUCACCAGAGAAUCCACACUGGAGAAAAACCGUACCUGUGCAACAUCUGUGGGCGGAGUUUCAAUAAGCAAAUCAUCUUUAUAAACCACAUGAGGACUCACACUGGAGAAAGACCCUAUAAAUGUUCACACUGCGACAAGACGUUUGCUCGAUCUGAUGUGCUGAAGACCCACGAGAGGGUUCACACCGGAGAGAAACCGUACCGCUGCUCCAUCUGCGAAGAGAGGUUUGCGUAUUUAGGAAGUUUUCUGAGCCACCAGAAGAAACAUGGAGGAGAACGAGUGGAUGCGUAGAUUAGUGUAUGAUGUAGAAUUGAGUGUUUCUGGCAGCGUUUCUCAAUCCUAGUCCUCACUCUCCACUGCUCUGCAUAAUUUUGAUAUUUUGAAAAGAAGUUAAAAUUGUGCACUGUUAGCUAUUGACUUCAUUAGUAUGGUCUCAUGUGAGAGGUGCUGCAAAACACAUGAGCAUAACAGCCCUGUCCAUUAACUGCAUGUCUACAUAGGAAAAACAAUGAAAAAGUAGCACACUGGAAUAGAGAAACGUGUUCUUUGCGAUAUUAUAUUACCAUAUUCAAAUACAGCUUUAAAAAUAAAAAUGUAUAAAUAAAAACUGAGUGUCAUAAAUUAAACGAGUAUAUAGCUGCAUUCGAAAUCAUCUACGACUCGAGUAUGUGUAAAUUCACAUUUACUACACGACUGUUCGAAGAGUUCGUUCUAUAUCAGGGUGUCCGCGGGGUCUUUAAAAGUAAUAAUAGUUGAUAAAUCAAUUAUAAGAAAAUUAAGGCCGUUAUAAGGUAUUAAAAAGUCUUAAUCGUGUUUUUACAAGGUCCUAAAUUUUGUUCAAGCGUUGUUUGGCUCCAAAAAAGCAUGAAUAUAUUUAUUUUCCUCCUAAUAUUAAAAAUGGCGUGCGCGAUCCACGUAAUUGGUUUGGGCUGGUGCGUGUCUGGCCAAGUUCCUCCGUCCAGAUACUGUCACGUAAUUUGCGACAAACGCGAGAAAGUGAUGUGAUGCUCUCCACAUGUAGCGAAACCAUAGAGCGAAACAGACGGCAAAAUGAGAAAAUAUAAAAUUGCAUAAAACAGUGGAUGAAACCUGUCACUGAAAACAACCGCGUAAUUCUUUCAAGCUUUGUAUUUUCCGAGCUUAUCUGAGUUCUGCUGCAUGGUUGUGCUGCAUUGAUUUAACUACAACUGUUUAUUAACUGUUUAUUAAGUUAAAGGUUUAAUACUAAUUAGAACUUGAAGUGGCGAUUAAAAUAUUCUGAGAAGCUCUUUAAAAAGUCUUAAAAAUGUAUUGAAAGUACCUUUAGGAUUCCUGCAUAUACCCUGUUUAUAGUAUGAAUGCAAGUAGUAUGAAUGGAACUUGGUGGUUCUACAUCCGCCAUUUCUCAUUAUCACAUGACCUACCCACGUCAGUUCGCUUCAGUCCUGUUCAUGAAUUAUCUAGCAUUGCAUUAUUGAAUAGCACAGCCUCCACUGGAUGCAUACUACAGAAUCUUGCUGAUAGUAAUUUGUCAUCUGGGUACUUCUACUGUUUCUACAAUACUAUCCACUUGUUAAGUGUGACGUCACGCAAAGCGACUUCCGGGUCCAAGCGCUUUAUCAAACUGUACUGGGAGGCUCAUCAAAUGGUAAUAAUAAAUGUUUACAAAGCACUGUAAUACUUUCGAAAACCACAAUCACUAUAUAUAUAUAUAUAUAUAUAU